UUAAUUGCUCGCAGACAAGCGUGAGUGUUUAUUACUGUUCUCCUCCUCAUGUGGGAGUAAAGUGUGUUGACUUGAUUAACGGUCAUCAUUUAUAUGGAGUCUGGAAUAUUCGUGAGGGAGGCCAACAAGCAGCAUGUUCGCUGCCAGAAGUGUCUGGAACACGGCCACUGGUCCUACGAGUGCACUGGCAAGAGAAAGUACCUGUACAGACCUUCCAGAAGCACCGAGCUGAAGAAGAAGCUGAAGGAGGGCUCUGAGACCGCAGCCGGCGGUGCAGGAAACGGACCUGCGGCCCUGAGUGAGAAGAAAACAAAGAAAAAAAGGUCGAAGUCCUCCAGCGGUUCGAGCAGUAGCGGCAGCAGCAGCGACUCAGACAGCUCCUCCAGCGACUCGUCGUCAGACAGCGGGGACUCAUCCAGCUCGUUGUCUUCCUCUGAGAACGAGGAGAGCAGCAGCAGUGACAGUGAGGACUCCUCCAGCUCUUCCUCCUCCUCUUCCUCGUCCUCCUCUUCCUCCAGCUCGGACUCGGACACAUCGACCGGCAGCAGCUCGGACCAGGGCCCUCCGAAGAAAAGGAAAAAGAAGAAAUAAAGAGCUGAGUUUGCUGUGUGAAACUGUUUCAUGGUCCUGAGGGAGACGAGUCGCUGUUACACCCCUCACCUUUCCUUUAGUUCAGACGCAGUGGCUGUGAGAAAGACGGAGAGCGGGCGUGUUCUCCUGAGAGAAACAGAACCGACCGCUCAGAGCUCUCAACGUGUGUUCUGUUAUUACUUACUGCUGGAGGAACAAAAUAUUUCUUUUUCUUUAAAUUCAUCUUAACUCAUCUUUUCUCUUUCUUUCUGUUUUGGUUGAGUUUCUUUUGUCGUAAUAAUUCUAGACUUUUUAUGUUAUUUAGGAAACAAAGGUACAGGUUCUCUCAAUUUUCUCUCUCUCUCACAUGGAUGGAAAAACCCUGUAAGCUGGUGUGUGUGUGUGAGAAAGAGAGUAAAUGAAAGACCUGAACUAAACAUCUGAAAUAAACUUUUUUUUUUGUACAAUCAUUUUAAUAGAAGCUCCUUAAUGUUUAUGACUCAUUAGUAAAACUGUCAUACCUUUUUUUUUUUUCAUUUUAAAUUGAGUCAAUUAAGAAUAAAUUAAAGUUAGUACCUGUC